UGAUGCAGUUGCCGAUUGGCGGUCGUCGUGCCCGCAUCGUCUAGAUCCGGCAAAACACUCAAUACCAAAUUGCACACCCAUUUGUUUGACCGUGAUCAUUUUCCUCGAUAUAGGACAACAAGCCAAAGGUGGUGUUAUUCAGUGCAAAGACCUCUUAAAAAAUAUUAUCAUUAUUUGUUUUAAUAGAUUCACUCUUCGCGGAAGAAGAGAUGUGAAAUUAUGUAACGGCUAGUAGUGAACAAAACAGGUUGACCAGCAAUGCAAUUGAUGCAAUGAAUACUAUGCAAUAUUAGAUAUGUGCUCGGUGAAAGUGAUUCAUUUUUCUUGAUACUACUGGAUCGGUAUGUGCAGUUUAGUGAAAGUGAAUAAAAAAAGACGAAUUAUUUUAGCUUCGAGCUAUAAUGCGCUCCCAGCAAGAGUACCUAUUGUGUUGGAUUACUUGCAGGUGAAGUGAAAUACGACCUGACAUAACGUAGGAUUAAAGUGAAGUUUCAAGAUGGUAAUAUUCAUUACCUCCAGGAGGAAACUAAUUUUCAACAUGGGAUAAAAUGAUGCACAUUCGUGUACGAAAGUAACCAUCUUGGUUACUAGCAACACGAGACGCCAAAGGCUAUUCCUCUGCUCCAUAUCUAAAGUGGCUGACAAGCUGCCAGUGAAUUAAGUGUAGCUCUUCGUAUUUCAUUUCGCAUCGUCUGUGUUUGUUCGUUCGCGUAUUUUUCGUUUAGUCGCUCGGAUAAAGGAAACACACAAUCACAUUCAAUGUAGUAAGUGUAGACCAUAUAAAAAUGUAUGUACGAAAAAGUGCGGUUGCGUGUGCCAAAAACUAAGAACACAUUUGACAAAAGAAAAGUGUGCACUGCGAACAAAGAACGGUUACUGCAGCAAACAAAAAACAUUAGAAACUUGAGAAACAGAGCAUUUCUAGUCUACCGAAUACAGUGACACUUAGGCCAAUACUAACCAAUUACAUUUAGCAGUGACAUCACAACACGUGCCACGAGCUCCAAGUGUCCGCUACUCUAAGUGAUAGUUCGAAAAAUAAGACAUUCAUUUUAACACAAAAGCCACCAUUCCAGAUAAAACAAAAAGAUUUAUCUGCUGUGUAUGAGUCUGCUGGGAAACGAAAGAUGUUUGGUUCCAAAUUACGAUCAUGGAUGGAAAAUCAUAUUGUGCGACCGAGAAAAAAGGGAAACAAAAAUAAAUCCGGAAACAACGGCAAUAACUUCAGUGUCUUGACGACACAAAAUGGAUACAAAAGCAGUACCUUUGGUACAGAUUCCAACAUCGGCAGUCCUGCUAGACGCAGUGAAGUUUCCCCUAUCCAAAGUCAUACAACCAGUCGCCGUGGUUGGCAUUCGCCAAAUCAGGAUAAUGUGCCGAUUUCUCCGAAAUCUGAUCACUAUCCCGUACAUCACCGAAUUCACAAUAAACAAGCGCAUGAUGGAGGUGCCGAGCUCUUUACGACCGGAUAUGGUGCCGUGAAUGGCCAAUCUGGGGCAGCGUCAUUUCACAAUCAACAACAGCAUCACCAGCAAUACAAUUGCGGUGUCUCAUCGCCAAAAAGCAUUUCGCGCAACGGCUCAUCUUACACACUAGAAACGGGCCCAUCGAACGUUUACUACUCGAAGAGCGUCGAUUCGUAUGCAGCAGACUGUGCGCUCCCCUAUACCAUGCCCGAGUUUGAAUUCCACGCCGGUAACACCGGCCCCUCUAGGGGUAUUAUGACCGGUACGGGGUCAGUUUCCACCGGGCAUAAUGGACACCUGAUGUCACACACGUCCAAUGGUACACGAGGCAACUACUCGGCUGCCACAAGCUCAAGCAAUGAAUUGCUAGAAGAGCUGCACUCUUUCGAAAGUACCCGAAACAAGCGACAGCAUCCAACCUCAACACGCAUCAGUUCGUCUUCCUCCUCGUCUGUUAACUCUAUUCAUUAUAGCGUCAACAACAACAAUAACAACAAUAACCAUCUGGGUACUGGAACGCUUCCUUCUCAUUAUGGUAGUUUGAAUGGACAGCAACCACAACCAACAGCCAGGGCCACCAUUCAAACGGCUGCAUCGGGUGGAAACAGCGAAAAUAAGUAUGGUAAACUCCUGCAGCAACAAAAUCCACCCUCGAAGCAAUUCGAUCCUUACUAUGAACAACAUCAACAACAGCACAAUAACAACAACUUAGUGUACUCCUCCAACAAUCAGCCAACAAAUUCGACUAAUGGUAACCGUGCACCAACCAACAGCAAAAAUGCUUCCCCACUUCCUGCGCGAGGCACUUCAACCAGUACCUCACCUGUCCAACGUUCAGCUGCAUCUAGCGCCAGGAGUAAUCGUAUUGUCAAUGGCAAUAAUAAUAACAAUAACAAUAGCUUCCCCGUCGACGCGUCGACUUCCGGAGGUGGUAAAUCGAUCCUCGGUGGAAGCGCAUUGACGUCCAGCUUUGCCAACAAGUUCCACAAACUGACAGGAAGCCGCUCGACCAGCGGAUCGAACGCACCCGAUAGUGGCACCAUCAACGUUAGCAACAGUAAAUUGAAUCAUGUAAAUAACAAUAAUACCAACGCAGCCACCAAUACAACCGGCUGCUCCGCUAGCACGGUUCCGUACCAUCACCCGCACCAGUACCAAAUCAAUAGCGUCACGACACAUCUGCAUCCACCGCUGCAACCACUUCCGCCGGGAAAGCAGCCAUUGUCAUCGUCGUCAUCGUCAUCUUCACCACCACCAGCAUCGCAAGCUGGCGCCCAUGGACCAACACCUUCACCGAGCGUACACCAUCUGCAUCAUCCAUCAACACACGGCCACCACCAUCACCAUUCGCAUGGCCCGAUGGGUCAUACGCUUUCAUCGCCGGAAAGUGCUUACUCGACCGGAUAUUCCACCGAUGGCACGUCACCGGGUGGCUGCUCUUACACGCCCGAAUACUACAUCAACAUCCGUACGGGGACGCACUACUUCCCCAAGGGCACUACGUUACCGGGAGCACUGCAUGGGCGUACCUCGGCUGGGUUUGAUCGCACUGGACCCGUGGUGUCUGCUAGUGCAGCUGCUCCAGGCCAUCAUGAGAACGGUUCCAAAUUCAAAUGUGCCCUUAAUCGCAUCGAGGAAAAACACGUGGAGUUUUGUGUCGACGCGGAAUCGCACGUUUCCGUACCACGAGCUCCAGUUCCGAAUGCACCCAAUCUGUCUAGCUUCAAGCCCACGCUCGGUGCAGCAAGCGGAAAUGGCACGGGCAUUUUAUCUCAACUUCAGCAACCGUCAGCGACAGUCCAACCGCAGUCAAACCAGCCUCCGAAUGCAGUUGCGAUGAGUCCCAUUAUGCAGAAGAACCUCGGCAUGCAGCAUUACCGUAGCAUUGAAUCACCAUCACCACGCCAACGGUGCCGAAUUAGAACGAACCCUUGGUUGACGACAGCCGAUGGAGCUCUUGCUAGUGCAAACUGCGUCAAGCGAACGGAACCGGAUUCUGGAUCUACCUCCUCCGGCAUCAAAUCAAGCAGUGGUACAGAUGACAAUAAAAAUAAUAAUAACAAAUCAAACGCACUUUCCGACACAGAUUCAAGCUCGUCUACGGAGAAGAUCGUUAACAGAAAGCCAUUUACGCCGAAAACUCUCAAAAAGAUGGCAGACUUCUCUCGCCUGGAUAGUAGGUCAGCACCGGUAACGAUUGGUUCCAACCAGGACAGUGACGAAGAUGCUACCCUUAACGAAAUGAUGGGCAAGUUUGACGAAAGUUACCACUAUGAAAAGGAGACUGACAUUUUGAGUUGUAGCGACUCCGAUCCGACGGACUGUCCGACAGACAUUGAUACCGGUCAGGAUGCGGGCGACGAGUGUGAUACGGAUGAUUUUCUCGAUCUCGACUUUAUCGAUACGGGCUCGGUGCAGGAGGUACCGGACAAGGAAACCUAUCGACACACGACCAGCUGCUCGAUCCAUCAGUUCCCGGAACGAAAGGCGUCCUGUAAGCAGCAACGCAUCCAGCGCAGUAAACGAAGUAACGAAAGUGGCGGUGGCUCCAAACGUCGAAAGAAGCUGGUACGUACGAGGAAGAAAAGUGCGGCUGAUCACUCCGCCCUGAGUGUCGGGUCGGGUGCAGGAGACUCAUCGGCCGUUGUAAGCCGUGGUUGUCGCAGUUUAGGCGGUACUCCUGUGUCGUUGAGGCGAAACCAGCAGGACCAAGAAUUGCGUACACCCACCAGGGGCUCUCCACUCACUAACCGAUGUAACUCGCUCACCUUCACCGAAGUACAUUCGCUGCACAGCCGAAUAUUGGCAAUUUCCGAGAGUGAAAAGGCGCUGCUUCGGGCAGACCUGGAGGCGGAUGUUAAGUACAAACAAUUGAUUCACGAAGCAGAAUCCAUCCUGUUUUCCAUGAAGAGCAAUAGUUCCAUUUGCAUCAAGGACCUAGCCACAGUGCCGCCACCGUUGCCUCCGCGCGAGCCACAGCCUCCACCAACGCCGUCGCUCUCGAAAGAUACGCCUGUUACCUCAACCACUAUUUCCAGCCCGCGUCGCGUUUGUAACCCCCCGGCCAACAAGCGCGUCGAAAUGCUGCGCAACUGCGAGGCUGACUUAAAACGAGAGCUGGCCAAAACAUGCUCACAAAAGUGUACCGAUGGGGCGGGCAAUCCUGCUGAAUUAAACCCCGCCGAAGGAGUUAUCGUAAACAAGCGCUUGGAGGUGUUGCGCUAUGAAACUUCUUGCUCACUGUCGGCUCCGAACAGCCCCAAAAAUACGCGUGUUCUGUUGCCUCGCAAAACACAUGUCUCUAACUUCAUCCACCAUCAAGCUAGACCGCCUUGCUCACCGGAGGCUCUGGCAAACGAUCUUAAACAAAGUGCCAAUCUUUCCCCGCCUCCGCCACCUCCGCGGCGAAUGAUACCGAAAUCACCGACCAUCAUGCGAAGACGGUUCCGCAGCCAAAGCCCACAUCUGAAUAUCGAAUCUGAUUCUGAUUCAGACGAAGUCAGUCGAAAUCUGGACUGCAAAGCUCAUGGUAAAUCAUAUCGCACUGGUACAUCCAAUAACAACAACAAGGAAAACUUAGUCAUCAAUCCUCAGCCAGCGACAUUUCAGCAACCAACGGUCAAACCCGUCGUUGGAAAGCAGAUGAAUAACUUUCGCCACACGAUACACGGUCCUGCCUUCACAAACGGUGAGGAUGGGCAAAAUGGUUAUGAUUACCCGGAUGACACCAAUGCUUUCAGCAACCAUGCAUCGAGUGCCGUGGGAAUGCACAAAUCGCCGCUUAUUUCGUUCCGCUCAGUGGACAUAGGCUCCCCAGUUACCGAUGACAGCUAUUGUCCUCAAAGUGAGCCACUCAAACGGAAGAUAUACACCUGCAGUGCAGCGUUCGAAAAAAUACAGCGAAGCCUUCAUCAUGAUACAGAUGCAAAACAACAACUUCUCAUCGAUGCAUUAGCUGAAAUAAAACGCAGCCUCGAAGACCAAAGUGUGGAGUUGCACGAGCUUAACAAAUCCGAAAAAUAAAACAACUGUAAACGACAUCUAGUGGUCAGUCACUGUAGCUCUACGCUCCGUUUUACUGCGCCAUCUAGCGAGCGUUAUGUUGUAUGAACUGUGUCUUCGCUAAACUGCUCGAAUUAAUACAAAAUAUACAAACAAUCGAGCAAAGUUCCGGUAUGAGCGGCUCAAUGUCGUUUUUAUUAAUUCUUUAAUAACUUCGUUAGUAAGUAGAAAAUUUUGGAAUGUUUUGUAGUGAAACCCUAAAUUGGCGAAAUUUCGUUUCUAUUAGAUCAUAGCAAAAAUUUACCAUACUAAAACUUCAAAAAACAAUUCUACUUUAGAAUUACGAUAUCCAUCCAUCCAUCCAUUAGGUUGUAGCAGUGUUGUUUCAAUGCGCUAAUAAGGCAACCAACUCUACGCAGGAAACGUAAUCUCGACCUCUAGAUAUUAUCCUUAGGAUAAAAAGCCACCCUUAUUCGACAUUACCUUAGUAAUUACCAACUACUAGUUAUCUUACCUUACUACAUUACAUUUCAAUGGUAUCCUCGAAAAUGACGAUGCGAUAUUAGUUUAUAGAAAACUAGCAUUUAUUAUUAUCAAUGCAAUUAACACAGUUAUACAGUUAGAGUCCAAGCGGAGUAAGUUAUUUUUCAUUGCUGUGGGUUUUGUUGUUAAGAUUAGAAUAGUACAUCAAACUACAAUAACAUUCCCGGGUUAAUUUGUUAUGUAUAAGUAACUUUUUUAUUGAUUCAUCUGUAAGUAAACAGUAGUGUUGAAAAGUCAUUCAAAUGGAUUUGUUUUUAGAAUUCUUUUUUUAUUAUCUGACUAUUAUAUUAUUUUUACAUAUUUUCGUUACAAUCCGACCAAUAGUGAAUAUCUAGUUUUGUGAAUUUAGAUUUUAUUAGCAUUUUUUAGAUAACAAGUCAAUGCUCAUAUAGCUCAAUCAACCAAAUGAUUCUAGGUUCCAUUUUUUUAUCUAUUCUAUAUUUAAUCUAACACAAAGGGACUCCAAACUAUGGCGCGAGACCCAAAAGCAGUCCUUUAGUUUGAGGCAACGCGGUCUGCGCUGUGAGGAAUUUGGAGACGCCUGAUCGAAGAAACAUGCAUUAUUUGUUAAUACUUAGUAUUGUUUAGUACCAAGACAUUUUAUAAAUAAUCUUCCUUUAACCAAUGCCCUUUUCCUUCUGUUUUUUUUUAAUAUUUCUUCGAUUAGAUAAAACUCUUUUAGAGUUUUAAUUAAAGUAAAUGUAGCACACAUUUUGUCUGCAUUCAAAAUAACUUUACAAGUUACGUUGCCUUGUAAUCCAGACUUGUGCAUUAGCUGCAAUAACUUUGCAAAAUUGUUCUUUGUUUAAAAUUUAUUCUAACAACUUUUCUGAUACCAUUAGCAAUUAUUCCACAAUAACUGCAACCCCAAUUUGAAGGACCAAGCAAUGCGAGCUUAUGUGCUUAUUUGCAUAACCGGAAAUGCCUUUCCAUUACGCUGCUAGUAAUAUCUAAAAUCACAAAACUAUUUAUUGCUAUACAAGUCAAGCAAACAGUGCAAGAUUUGAUUAAUAAAAGACAUCGGACGUUCUUUACAUAGUUGUAUAAGUUUGUAUCAUACAACAUAAUGCCAUGGCAUACAAAUAAUAACUAUAGAUUUCAUAACACUAUUUAUUACCAAAAAUGAAAUGGCAUGUGACGAAUCAAUGAUAAAUUAUGUGGUGCAUUAGAACACAAAACUAGGGACAACCAGGGCAUACGCAAUUAAGCGCAUUUAUUCGUACUAAUUAAUUAUACACUCGAGAACAAGCGUAUUGUUAUUACAUUAAUUGUGUAAAAUAACACACACACAACAACCAAUCGAAAACGCCAGUGCUUUUCCAGGACUUCCGUUACAGUCGUAACAAGUUAGCAACAUUGAAGUGCGAUACUAAAACCGAAACAAACAACAAAUGAUGUCAUCAAGCAAACGCUGCAAAAUUAUUGCUUUCCAAUGAGGGGCUGCGAAUCCUUACCAAAACUAAUUAGAUCCUGAUACAAAAGCAUAGUGUAAUAUGUUACUCAUCCCCAAUAACAAAAAAUAAAUGGGGCAAUAAGGAAACAAUUCACACAGACAAAGAAACCCCUAAAACCGAAACAAUGAAACCUUAAAACCUAACGUACAUCCUUUACAUUUUAACUGUACUCAUUUCAUGAUCGUAUACAAUGGCGUUCGUGCGCUACAUUACACUCACAAAUAAAGUCAUCCAAACCAUGUAUUUAAUAAAAAAAAGACUAUUCAACUACCCGAAAAA